UAUACUUAAACCUGUGACAGGUCAUACACUGUCAAUAUGGGUCUGGCUUCAUUAAAACUAAUACUGGAUUUUGUGAAAUCAAAACGUCUUGGUCGUGAUCUAUGACAAAAGUAAACAUACCGUAAUAGAAUCUUGUUCUGCGUUACGUGGUCAGGCUGUUAACUUGGAAAUGUACUCGAAAUCUUAUGCCACAUUGGACAGAACCAGUUUUAUUACUUAGAUGAUAUCACGAACCUAGUACACUUGAUUACUGAAAGUCACUCAGAAAGAUCUAUAAACAUCUUAUCAAAGAAACCAAAAAGGCCACCUUUGCGUCUUACUAUAUUUUCUUUAGAAUGCUAUUGAUUUUUUAAGAAAACGAAGAGGCAGAGGUAUUAUAAAAUUCAGAUAGUUUGGGAUGCAAAUAUGUUAACCAUCAGUUUCCGAGUGUCAAUUUCCUCGGGCCUUGUAAGCCUUAGCGUUUAUUUGCUAUAGCGCUCCUGAACAUUUCCUCCAAUUUAAUAAGACCGGCUAAUCAUAUGUUAUUUCAACAUAACAUCUAGGAUAUAUGAUUAAUUGAAUUCUAUUGUUUACUGACCACCGCAGGAGGCUAUAAAUAUGAACUGGAUAUGGUUACCUGCCACUAUUCCGCAAACGGCCCGUGAGGAUUAACAACAAAUUAGGCCAUAACUUAUAGAAUUAGGAACUAAUAGUCAAUAUGACAAACUUUAUCACUGGAAGCGUUCUACUUUGUCUUUUACAAUGUAGUUCUAGCGCUCCUCUUGUACAGAAAGACGAGCUUGUUAACAGAUUAGAUGAAGAUUUCGAAGCCCUACGAUAUUAUCUUGAUGCAAAGACACAAGACAAACGAUCAGUCGACUCCUUAGAUGAAAGCCAAAUGUAUGAAAAAAAGAAUUUUGAUUCACUCGGUGGUGCAAUGGUGCAUGGUAAACGUCAAUUAGAUACGAUUGGCGGUGGAAUGGUGCACGGGAAAAGAAAUUUUGAUUCCUUAGGCGGAGCAAUGGUCCAUGGGAAAAGAAACGUUGAUUCGUUAGGCGGAGCCUUGGUUCAUGGGAAAAGAAACUUUGAUUCCUUAGGCGGAGCAAUGGUCCAUGGAAAAAGAAACUUUGAUUCAUUAGGCGGAGCAAUGGUUCAUGGUAAAAGAAACUUUGAUUCCUUGGGCGGAGCAAUGGUCCAUGGAAAAAGAAACUUUGAUUCAUUAGGCGGAGCAAUGGUCCACGGUAAAAGAAACUUUGACUCAUUGGGCGGAGCAAUGGUUCAUGGAAAAAGAAACUUUGACUCAUUGGGCGGAGCAAUGGUUCAUGGAAAAAGAAACUUUGACUCCUUGGGCGGAGCAAUGGUUCAUGGAAAGAGAAACUUUGACUCAUUGGGCGGAGCAAUGGUCCAUGGAAAAAGAAACUUUGAUUCAUUAGGCGGAGCAAUGGUCCACGGUAAAAGAAACUUUGACUCACUGGGCGGAGCAAUGGUUCAUGGAAAAAGAAACUUUGACUCAUUGGGCGGAGCAAUGGUACACGGAAAGAGAAACUUUGACUCCUUGGGCGGAGCAAUGGUUCAUGGAAAGAGAAACUUUGACUCAUUGGGCGGAGCAAUGGUACACGGAAAGAGAAACUUUGAUUCAUUAGGUGGAGCAAUGGUUCACGGUAAACGAGACGGUUUAGAUAACAUCGGUGCGGACACUAUUCAGGAAUUAGGAUCUCAAGACCAAAAUGACGGGAACAACUCACAUGGCCAUGAAAAAAAGAUCAAGACACCACAAAUCAAUCCACAGAGUGCAUUAUUCUUUUAAAUACAAUUUACUAUACUAGUAACUAUAGCAAACAAUGAUGCUCGUUUCUGUUAUGAUUUAAGGAUAAAAUAAUACACUUUGCAAAUUCUGCACAACACAUUCAAAGACUUUUUGUGUCUGUUCCAUUAUUAUUUCACAAAUAUGGUACAUUUCUCAAAAUAAUGCUGAUUUAGUAAGACAUGUUGCUGUUCAAUAGUUCCACAGGCUCUUUGAUUUCAAUUAGUUCUAGAACAUUCGUUGUAUUUGUUUCUGAACGGCUUUAAAUCCCGCGCCUACGUGCUGUAAUCCGUCCAAUAUCCUUUCCUAUGUCUGAUUACGCAAGCAACAUGAGCCUAAGAUUCUGGGACACUUAGCUCGCAUUAUGUUGACAUCCUCAGAAAAUCGAACCCAAUUAUCUGACAAACAAGAACUGAAAAUUUGACAGGUCUCAACUGACUAAAUCUGACAAAUCGAAAUUAUUAAUCGUGGUGGAAGUGACGUAGAUAAGCAAUGUUCAAAAAAGUUAUGUAAAAAUGAAAUUUUAUGCGAAUCAUUUUUUCAACUUUUUUAUUUUCGGAUUCUAAACGUAAUAGUUAUCCUAUUUUUGGUAACUAACAGACUUUUAGGGCUUCAUACAAG